GACUCGAUAUUUUAGAGCGACUCUGCUUUACACGGGCAUAAGGACAUACUUCGCCACCGGAUUCAGAAAUAGAUUUACUGCUUUUCAUGAGUAGGCCUCGUUCUUCCCUUCUCCACGCCGCUUCUCCCUUUCAUAACAUGUCGGUCCGGUCCUUUUGAUGGAACGCCAAUUCAGCCCUGAACUGUGCUCUGUCAAAUGUCGUAAGCUAGGCACAUCAUUCUGGGUGUCACGACACAGGAAUCUCAUUAAUUGCCGGGAUCUUCAUUGAAAGACAAUCCCUUCUCUCUUACCACUUGCAAUGAUGGACGACGACAUUCCCUCCAUCAUCCAGGACUGGUCUUCGGAUGAUUCUGAAUCAAGCGCAGAAGACGUUGGGAACACCAGAGGGUACCCCGAGUCGCGGCCAAGGUCCCGAGCGUCAUUUGCAAAAACCCGAAGAACCUCUCCUUAUCCUUACGAAGACAUUUCAGAAGCAGAGGACAAUGUACCUUCGCGUCAAUCGACACCUACGCGCCCUCUUGGAAGAAGAUUUCCAUCUAUCUUUGGUGUUCCAAGACGGAAUAAUAGCACGUCUACGGGAACCACUGCACGCCAGCAAGCGCCUGCUGAGGACCCGCCUUUUGAAGAAGCCGGGCCAACCGCGCGCGUUUGGCAAACGUAUGUUGACGAAAGCUUGAUGCAUGACACUGAGAUGGUUGCCAAUGAAAGGGACAAAGUUAAUGUCCUCCUCGUUUUCGCGGGAUUAUUCUCCGCGGUUGUGAGCGCCUUCAUUUCGCAGUCCUCUUCAAAUCUUCAGCGAAACUAUGACCAGCUGUCUGCGUAUCUGUUGUUUGAUCUCAUGAAUGCGCAACGUGCAUUGGACAAUGGCACGUCAUUGAAUGCCAUUAGUACCUCCGGAGCAGAUCCUACUGGCCCGUUUACACCAAAAACAUUAGACUCUGUCGUGAACGGAUUGUGGUUCGCGAGUCUCACACUCAGUCUUGCCACCGCUUUGUUUGCAGUACUGGCAAACGAAUGGCAUUACCAUUAUUUAUCGCCUAUCAGUGGGGAUUCCCAGAUACGAAGUCGCAUUCGACAGUUCCGUUAUAUGGGCCUUCGCCGUUGGCAUGUCAGCGGUUUCAUUGCUCUCCUACCACUGAUGUUGCACCUAUCCCUGGGUUUAUUUCUGCUAGGCCUCGUUCUAUAUCUUUUACCCCUACAGCUGGGUAUUGCCCUAUUGUCAGGAGGGAUAGCAUUGAUGACUUUCGUCGUGUAUGUCACUACGAAUAUGCUCCCGAUGAUAUAUCCGCAGUGCCCGUACAAGACACCGGUAUCAUCGGUUCUACAUGCCAUUUUUAUUCGCAUGCUUGGACAAUUCCCCGCUGUCCUGAACGCAAUAUCAUCGUCUCUCUCGCCUCAUCAUCACACAUUACAGGUUGUAGAGCUUCAUGCUGCUGAAGCAUCUCGUGCCGAAGUCGAUGUUCAAGCUCUUCAUUGGCUGUACUCGGUAUCAUCGAACUCAUACAUGCGCCGUCUUGUAAUUCAAGCACUCUCUGGAUUACCUGCUGACUGCAACGAGUUCGCCAAUCGCCUUUUUCAAGCGCACUGGCGUGAGAUACGCGAUGAGAAGGAAGAUAUGUUGAUGGAUUGCAUGGAGAAGGUCCUGAACCGAGAUGGGAGCUCUACUCGGUGGGUUCCCAAGGAUAUUCCGGAUAUCGACCGUAAGGUCGAGCAGCUUCUCCGGCUAGAGAUUCAAUUUCCUCCUUUGCGCAGAGAACCUCAGUUUGGAGGGUAUGAUCUGGAUCUCUCACACAAGUACAUUUACUUUGAUGGCUUGUCGAUAACACUAUCUUCUCUCGAAGCUGCACACAUUCGGAAGCCUGCACACCUACCUUCGCAAAAACAAGUCGCCAUGAACGCCUUAGCGCGUAAUGAUGUUCACCAUCCCGUCGUAUGGAAAUGCCUCUUCCAUCGUGCGGUUGAUCAGGGAUUAUUUAGUCGCGCGAGCGACACUGUUUUGAAUAUUGAUAUGUGUUUCAGUUUAGUAGCGUCACUAUUUCUGCCAGACCGGCUUUCUCCCGCAUCGUACAGUACCACCUUGGCGGACACCGCAGCCGAAUCUUUCCCAGACGAGGUUCUCGACAAUCUCCUCUCUUUCUUCGAAAACUUCGAUUUGUAUCAGGAGUCUAUGGAACGUCGACCAAGGCUUCUACUCGCAAUCAUGCGCCUCUUGGUACUCAACUCGGAACACUCCGAGUUAAACUUGACCGACGUUCAUUCGAGUCAACGUCGCUUCUUCCAUAAUGAUUCUACGAUCUCCAAAUACCGACUGUUAAUCGUUGCAUUGUAUGCGAUUAGUAGGAGCAUUCACGAUCCUGACACUUCACCUUUUCCAUUUUGUCAUCGUGGAGUAUUCGAGGCGAUACGCUCUUACAUCACAUCUGAUUUAUUCAUCGGGACUUCUACGCAAUCUCAGAAUGGCUCAGAGUACGGGACUCUCGUUUGGACAUGCCGUGCUCACGCACUUGCAUGUAUGGCUUGGUUUAUAGAGCAGGGUUCUGACUUUGGCGUUGUCGUGCCGCUCACUGAAUGGGCCACGAGGCCUUUAUUUUAUAAUCUCCUUCGCGUCCUGGCCCAAAGCGACGAAUAUUAUCAGUACAACAACCAGCGCCUACCUCAUCAGCGCUUUGGCUCUCUCUUUGGGGUAAUUAGUUUUCUGCUGGGUCAAGGAUUCUCCGGUGGGAUUUGCCAUGCGUAUGAAACUUUUCGAGAGGAAAGAAGUUUGCAGUAUAUCGCGCAGCGAAGCUCACUUCAUAUAUGGGUCAUCGAAGGACUUCAGGGCUAUAUCACCCUACUCUCGGAGGCGACUAACGAGACGGUCAUGGGGCAUCACGCUCCACGUAUUCAGCCUGAUGUGCUUCAAUCACAUAUCGAAGACUUGCAUCAGGCACCCGUAAUUCUCGCCAUUUGCAUGAGCAUUGCGCUCAACGGAAUCUCGCGACGUCCAAUCUUAUCUGCACUAGCGUCAAUUGCUCCUGAUCAUCAUGAAUGGAAUACAGUGCUUAACAUCGUGGAUUGGCACAUAGAUGACGACUCUUUCCUCGAAAGCUACUAUUCCGAAAGUCGCGAGGUCAUACCGCCGGGUGAUGCGAGGCGUCUGAAAAAGAAUCUAAGAGAAGUUGUCGAUGUUCUGACUGAUUGUAUUGGCGCCGUAAACGAUCACAGCAGUGGUAUUUACUGGCCAUUGAUGAAAACUUACACCCGCACCGGGUCGUUGGAGACUCAUCGUGGACUUCGAUGGAGAAGGUGGAAGAAAAGGCUACUCGGUUCUAGGAAGAUUGAAAUGAGUCUUACGGAGAAAGAUAUUGAGCAAGGAUGAUCCACAAUCUGGAACGGACUUUGUACGAUAGUGAUGGCAUCUGUACUUUAAUCACAGUCAAAAAUGUAAAAGAUAGUCCACAGUUCGCAUGUCUAUGGUAU